UCCCUGUCUGUCAUUUUCAUCAGAGCCUAACGUCAAAUUUCCACUUCCAAUGUUACUUUUUUUUUCGAUUGCAGAGAAUGUCAAGCAGAUAGAUGUGAAAUGACGGAAUGUCACUCUAUUCAUUUCAUACAAAAUGUUGCUACUACCGCUUAUCUCUGCAACCUCUAUAGGCUCAUAAUUAAUAUUGAACAACAUUCACAAGUUCACAACUGAUUUGUGUCACUGCAGUAUCACCAGUUGGCUUCUGAAAUCUCUCUGAAGUGUGUAUGUGUGACACUUAAACUGAACACCAACGUAUAGCAACCUAGUUAUCCUUGUGGUGAGUGGAUAGUGAUCUCCAUCCAAUGCCCGGCUGAGCGAUUAACAAGACGGAGAUUGUGCAGGUGACACAAAGACACAACCCAACAGAUGUAAGGGACAGAAAGGCCAACAAAAGGUCACAGGUCUCUGGUCUUAUCUCUGAGCAUGACGAAGAGUGGAGGUGAAUUGAGGUCCUUCACUGAGAUGCUGAGGUCUAUAUAAGCGUUUUUUACAGUUACUCUCACAAUGUGGAAGGCAGCAGUCUUGACCAUGGGGCUCUUGGUGGCACUGGUAGACAGGGCGCAGUCCAAUGAUGGUCAUCCCUCUUUCUAUGGGAUGAAGCUGUGUGGAAGAGAGUUCAUACGAGCUGUCAUCUUUACCUGUGGUGGCUCUCGCUGGAGGAGAGGCGUAGGAGGCUCAGCUGUUAUUGGAGAGGAGGCCUUUGACCCAUGGAACACAAAUCCUGUCCCUCAACUUACCAGUGAGCAGGAUCCUGCAGAGUCCCAAGUAUGGAAAGAUCAAACGUUGGAUGCAGCAUCUGUGGCUGCUGGAUUCAGCCGCUCAGCUCGCUCGCCAAUCUCAGAGGAGGUCCUGGAGGCUCUAAGAAGUGCAGAUAGGAAAGGACGGGAUGUAGUGGUGGGACUGUCCAAUGCCUGUUGCAAAUGGGGCUGCAGCAAGAGUGAAAUCAGCUCCUUGUGCUGAACCUGGUUUCUUAAACACCCUGUCUUCUCAUCAGUGCAGAGCUCUACUGUUCCUAUGUGAUUCAUCCAUUUCUUUACAUCCACCUUUCCCCUCUCCACAUCCCAUCUAAGUCAUAAUUCGUGUGUUGUCAAAACUUGUUUACUGUGAUAAUCAUAGACUGAUAUAUGAGUUUAUUAAAGUCUUGUGGAAUUGUUAUGAAAGUCUCUUCCUCUUACCCAAGAAAUGCUAAAAUUAUGAUUCAUGCUUUUAGAACACUUCCACUUUUACCAAAACCUUGUUUCAGAACUGC